AUGGACAAGGACGACUUCGAUGCGACAGAAAAAAAAGAUAGCUUGGAAACUUGCAGUACCUUAACAAUUACGUCCUGCAAUUCUUUUAACGAAAGUAGCUAUCUAAUUGAAAAAGUAGCACAUGAUGAGACAGAUUUUGAUGCUGACUCUAUUUUUAACAAAAUUUCUUCAAGUCUUAUAGCCAUGCUUCAAGGGGUUGAAGUGCUAUGCAACUUUUCAAUUUUAUACCUCUUUAAAGAUAACUAUGAACUACACCCAGCUUCCUUAAAUGUAAUCCUCAGUUUGAUAAAAGUUCCUUGGUCUAUUAAACUGCUAUGGGCAGUACUUUCGGACAGUUGUCCUAUAUUUGGGCAUCGAAGAAAAUAUUACUUACUAUUUGGAUCGUUUUUGUGCGUAUUAUCUUUAAUAACCUUAGGCUUAAUAAACCAUACAAAUAUUACUUUAACUGUUAUCUUGUUAACAACAUACUUUUUCGGUAGUUCUGUUUGUAAUGUUAUAGGAGAAGCACAAGUUGUUGAAUCGAGUAGGAAAAGUAGUAUCAACUGUUCAACAAAGAAUGUAUCCAUUUUUUUUGCUUUUCGAAAAUUAAGUUUUGCCAUAAUGUCAUAUUUAUCAGGGUACUUACUAUCUAUUAUGACAAAACAACAUAUAUUCUUGAUUGGAUCCUUUUUACCUUUAUGUGUUUUUGUAUCUGCAUUUUUUAUAAUUGAGAAAAAAAAUUAUAAAAAAUCCUCUAUUAAAGCACAAGUAAAAUGUAUUUAUGAUAUAAUAAAAAUAUCGUAUAUUAAAAAUUUCAUUUUAUUUAUUUUUAUUAUGAUGUCCAUGCCAUCAUGUGGAAAUACAUUAUUUUUUUAUAUGACCAAUGAAUUAAAAUUUAGUCCUAAUUUAUUAGGGAAAAUGUCCAUGUUUCAAUCUUUAGCUAGCCUAAUAGCCAUAUUAUCCUAUAUGUUCUUUUUUAAUAAAAUAGAUAUGGCAAAAUUAUUAUUAUAUUCUACAAUUAUUAUUACUCCUUUCUGUUUAUUACCAUUAAUAGUUGUAAAAAAAUUAAAUGCUUUCCUAUAUAUUCCAAAUAGUCUCUUUAUUAUAACAGAUACUGUAUUAAUAGAAUUUAUAGGCGAAUUUCAGACUAUGCCAAUAUUAGUACAAUGUUCACGAAUAAUACCUGAAGGUUUCGAGUCAACCAUUUACUCCCUUUUAUUAUCAUCAAAUAACUUGGCAAUAGUUAUAAGUUCAUUUUUUUCUUCUACAUUAACAUAUGUACUUGGAAUUACAUCAACUAACUUUAAAAAUCUGCCUAUUCUGAUAACGGUUUGUUGCCUAACAAAUAUCAUUCCAAUAUUCUUUCUGUAUUCUUUACUUGGCUUUAAUAACGAAAAGAAGAUGAAGAAGGAAAGGAAAAAGAAUAGGGAGAAGAAAGAUAAGAACGGAAGCUUACCAAAAUGUGGACUUACCUCUGAAUAUUAUCAUUACCAAACUACUCAUUAUUUCUCUCCUGAAAAUUCAGAUAUCGACGAAAUAACACAUCUUUCAGGCAAACUUGAAAUUAAUGAUUUAAACGAUGAGUAG